AUGGAAGAACUCCUGCAGCAGCUGAUGAAGAGAGCGGGGUCCGCCGGCGGAGAAGAGUGGCUGCGGAGCUGUUUGAAGAUGCCGGCGCCGCUGCUAUCAAGCCCACCUGAAGUGCUGACAUCGCCGCCGAGCUCGUCUGUACCGCCGCUGGGGUCCCCGAUGUUACCGCCGCCGCCGCUGUCUCUAGAGCCGCCGCCGCCAGCUGUUGAAGAAAGUCCGGUGCCAGCAUGGGGAAGCCGUCCGGAGCUGCGCACCACCAGAGGAUCCAGCAGCCGUUUCCGGGAGGAGGAGGCUGCAGCGCUGCCCAGCAAAAGAGCUAGAAGUGCAGGGAGCGCUUGUACUCCUCCCCCGGGGGCGGGGCGUCGGCGCAGCACCAAUCGGAGAAGAGCAGCUUCUCAGAGAGGCCGGCAGUCCUCCAGGAUCAGAGAGUCUGGAAGGCAGAGUGGCAGUUCCUAUACAGAAGCUGUUCUCACUGGUGUGGAACGUCAUCAGGAUGCUGCCACUGAGGAGCUGCAGCAGGAAGUGGAGCAGCAGAUCCUGCAGGAUGAAUUACAGGGGCUGCCUGUUGAGAGGCUCCCACCUCUGCUGGUUGAGCCAUCUCCGGGCCCCCUGGGAAGAUCACCACACCUAUCAUCUGCUGCCUAUGGUCCACGCCAGGAAGGACAGCCAGUGGUUCCUGAGGUUCCGGGAAUUAGCUCCGGAGGCGGAUCUGGAUGGGAGCCCAUGUCCUCAACAUCUGUGGGGCUUGAUUUGGGACUGAUGUCUGAAGCUAUUGAGAGGUCCUUGGCCCCGAGAACAUGGGCAGCUUACUCUGCCGCAUGGCGGGAUUGGUGGUAUUUUUUAAAUGCUUGCUCAAUGGAUAUUAAAGGGGAUGUUUUAAGUUGCGGUGUAUUGUUUGUUACUAGCUUAUUUAAUAGGAAAUUGGCGGCUUCAUCUGUGGCGAAAGUAGUGGCUGGCGUGUCAUUUUUUCAGAAACUGCGGGGUGAGAGGCCGUUAUCUUCCUUUUUUCAGAUUAAGCAGGCUCUGAAGGGUUACAAGAAAGGUAUUGGUAAGUUGGAUGCUAGGAGGCCAAUUUCUAUCUCUUUAUUGGGGCAGCUUUGUAAAGUUUUGUCUGACGUGUGUAGGGACCAGGGUGAAAUAUUGCUUUUUCGUACAGCUUUUGUGUUAGCCUUUUUCGGGGCUUUUAGGAUUAGUGAGUUAGUUGCGGCAAGCCGUAAUAGUGUGUCAGGUUUGGGUUUUUCUGAUGUUAUGGUGAGUAAUGAUAAAGUCGAGAUUCUUGUUAGGAAGUCAAAAACUGAUCAGUAUGGUAGGGGUCAGGUAGUUAGUUUACAUUCUUGGGUGGGUUCUGAAUUUUGUCCGGUUAAAUUGGUAAGGUGUUUGUAUGAGAUGCAUCCCUCUAAGUGUGGUUCCUUUUUAAUGCACCAGGAUUCCUCCCCUCUCACUAAAUUUCAGUUCAGCGCAAUUUUUAAAAAAUGUUUGGGGAAAUUGGGCCUUAGUUCUGCAAAAUUCUCGUCACAUUCUUUUAGGAUAGGUGCUGCGACGGAGGCUGCCAGGAAGUCAGGUGUUAGAGGGUUGUGUUGGAAAGGGUUAAUGGAUGAAAUUAAUAAGCUUAUUAAAAAAUGGCCUGUUCCUCAUUUGGUUAUCAUUCAUCUUGGGGGGAAUGAUUUAGGUACAUUUACCUCAGAAAAAUGUGUUACCUGUAGUCUAGAAGAUUCCUGCUGUACAAGUGAAGAGCGCAGCUGA